CCAUUUUCAUUGCGACUUUGCAACAUGGCUGCCUCCUCGGUAGCAGCAAGUGAGCUGCUACACAAUAUGAAAAAACAAAUGUCAGUCUUGUAUCCUCAUGUGUCGGUGGUGAUAAUAAGACGAUUAAGCACUUCAAGAUGUCACAGUCAACUGCCGGUAAAGGACAAAAGUGCUCCCCAGCAGCUGGUUGGAGUUGUGGGCCUGGAAAUCCAUGCCCAGAUUAACUCCAACACCAAGCUAUUCUCCGGCUCAGCGGUUCGCUUCUCAGCCCCUCCAAACUCCCUGGUGUCAUUCUUUGAUGCGUCUUUACCUGGCACAUUACCCGUCCUGAACAAACGAUGUGUGGAGGCAGCAGUGAUGACAGGAUUGGCUCUUAACUGCACCAUUAACAAGAAGUCACUUUUUGACAGGAAACACUAUUUCUACGCUGACCUCCCUGCUGGGUACCAGAUCACUCAGCUACGGCAACCCAUCGCAGUCGACGGUACGCUGACUUACAGCCUCCUUGGAGGGAAAAAGAGGAGCCAGGUGAUUCGAAAAAUUGUCACCAUCAAACAAAUCCAGCUGGAGCAGGACAGCGGCAAGAGUCUGCAUGAUGACCUCCGCAGCCAGACGCUGAUUGACCUCAACAGAGCAGGUGUAGGCCUAAUGGAGCUGGUGAUGGAGCCAGACAUGAGCUGCGGAGAGGAGGCUGCUGCAGCUGUCAGAGAGCUUCAGCUCAUCCUGCAGGCCCUGGGCACCUGUCAAGGCAACAUGUCAGAGGGACAGCUGAGAGUGGAUGCCAAUGUGUCCGUCCACAAACCAGGCGAGCCUCUGGGGAUCAGGGCCGAAGUGAAGAACAUCAAUAGCGUCCGAUUCCUGGCCAAAGCUAUAGACUACGAGAUCCAGAGACAGAUCGAUGUCCUGCUGAGAGGUGGGACGGUGCAAAAUGAGACCCGGGCGUACGACUCCAAAUCAGGGGAGACCAUUCCUAUGAGGGACAAAGAGGGUCUUCAAGACUACAGGUUUAUGCCAGAGCCCAACCUGCCCCCUCUGAUUGUUUAUGAGGAUAAGGCCUCGCUGCCUGCUGGUGUUGAUGCGAGCCAGGCAGUGGUGAUGCACAAGAUAAGAGAAGGGCUGCCAGAGCUACCCAGUGUCAAAAGAGACAGGCUGGUGCAGACAUACGGCAUCCUGCCUGAGCACAGCUUCACUCUGGUGAAUGAGGACGGGCUGGUGGAGUACUUUGAGGCGGUUCUGAAGGCAACCAAGAGAGAGCCCAGGAAGGUGAUCGGCUGGGUGACAAACGAGCUGCUGGGUCACCUCAAACAGCAAGAUAUGAACGUGAGCCAGAGCCCCAUCUCUCCCUCUGCCCUGGCUGAGCUGCUGGAGCUGCAGGAAACAGGACACAUCUCCUCUUCGGCUGCCAAGCAGGUGUUUCAGGAGAUGUGGAUAUCACCUCGUAAGACAGCAUCGGAGAUCAUCCAGGAGAAGGAGUUGGGUCUUGUUAGCGACACUUCACAUCUACAAAGGAUCUGCCAGAGGGUGGUUGACUCACACCCUGAAGAGGUUCAGGCCAUCAGAAAUGGAAACAAGAAAGUUCUGAACAAGCUGAUGGGGCUGGUUCAGAAGGAGACCAAAGGCCGGGCUGAUCCGGUGUUAGUGAGAAAAAUGUUACAAGAGAAGACUUCUUGAACAUCGGACUGUUCUACAAGAUCUAAAUCGUGGCAAAUGUGAACUCCUAUGAAAGAAAUUAUGAUCAUGUGAGUUGAAAAUGGCAGUGAAUGGUAAGUUUUCCUCUGUAUGUUGAUAAAAUGAUUCAUAGUGAAGCUGAAAAAGAAGUUUUCAGAGAGGUUUUUGUAAAUACUAAACAGAGUUUUCACUGUACAACAACAACUAUCUCCUGUAUUUAUGUGUUUCAUAAAUUAAUAAAGCUUUUUUUAUAUAAA